UUCACCUCUGGUCUGGUCGUGCGCCGUGUGUUUGUUCGGUAUAAUAAUAAUAUUUUAUUUAUUAAUCGCCAAUAACGCGAUACACGUUGAACGUCGACACGAAAAUCGGGUGCACAUUGGUCCGUCACGUUCGCGACACAUAAUAUUAUUAUUAUAAUUUUUACUCGCGGUCAUAAUUUAUUGUACUGUCAACGCCGCCGAGAAGUGAAUUUCGAAAACCGUUUUGGCGUAUACCUAUAUACCGCCGAUUAAUACCUGUAGUAGUCGGUUUUACGCAUCGCCGUCACACGUCGGAUUUGUCGCGCCACCGCCGCACGCGGAUCGCACGAAUUGAUGACAUGUCCAGAUAUUACAAAUUAACGGUCCAACAACAAUCAUGUGACACGAAAACCGAAUGAAAAUCUGUCUGGCAGUCUACUCUCUUGAACCCUGCGAUCGACGGUCAUAUUUUAUAGCGUUGACAACGACUACGACGACGAUAAAAGCCCUAUCAGUCUUGCUACAGCAGUGCAGCAGCAUCUUCGGCGCAUCUACGCGGUGGACCGUCCGCAUUUAAUAUGCUACGCAUAUCAAAUUUCAGCAAACGACAGUGGUUGACGUUAAUCGUUUUCAGUAUCGCUGAUUUUUGUAACGCCAUCUGCGUGUCGUUGCAAGCUCCGUUUUAUCCCCAAGAGGCUGAAAAAAAAGGAGCCACUGCAACCGAAUAUGGUUUGGUAUUCGGUAUUUUUGAACUGGUCGUGUUUUUAAUCAGUCCCGUUUAUGGAAAACACUUAAAUAGGAUCGGGCCUAAAUACUUAUUCAAUGGAGGAAUAUUCACAACAGGAAUAUGUGCAAUCUUAUUUGGAUUUUUGGACAGGGUGGAAGGCCAUUAUCCAUUCAUCAUAUUAUCAUUCGUCAUACGUAUUGUCGAAGCGAUGGGAAAUGCGGCGUUUUUGACAGCAAGUUUUGCCAUCAUUGCUAUGGAGUUUCCGGACAACGUAGCUACCACAUUUGCUUCUCUUGAGACAUUUUUUGGUCUUGGGCUGAUUGUUGGACCAACUGUCGGCGGAGCUUUGUAUCAAGUCGGAGGCUUUGUAACCCCAUUCUUAGUUUUGGGUUCAACAUUAUUCCUUUCGGCUGUCAUGACUGCGUUUGUGUUACCCGAUCACCCCAAUCGUAGAAAUGACGUUACUAGUGAUGCUAGUUUGUUGAAAGUAUUGAAAAUUCCGGGUAUAAUGUUAGCGGCCGCCAGUAUUAUCGUCACGUCUAUGAGCAUUGGGUUUUUGUCGGCUACCUUGGAACCACAUCUUAGACAAUUCCAAUUGUCUCCAAUGGUUUUGGGGCUGAUGUUUGUCAUAAACGGCGGUACUUAUGCAUUAACGGCACCAUGGUGGGGUUGGUUGUGCGACAAAGUGCUGCCCGCCAAAGUGGUCACGUUGCUGGGGUGUAUCAUACUCAUGAUCGGAUUUAGUCUUAUCGGCCCAGUGCCAUUUCUCGACAGACCGACAGAAUUUUCCGUCACCAUACUAGGACUGGUGAUGCACGGCAUGGGCAUCGGUGCACAACUUGUUGCAUCGUUCACCGACGCUCUGCGAACCGCCAUUCAGCACGGGUUUGCCAACAACUUGGAAACUUAUGGUCUGAUAUCGGGACUUUGGACAUCCACUUUUGCACUCGGGGCUUUUAUUGGUCCUUCCAUUGCUGGUAUACUGUACGAUAUCGUAGGAUUCGGCGCAGCUACUUUAUUUGUUAUCGUAUUGUCCGCUGUUGUGGGAGUGGCCGUAACGCUGUUUUUGAUUUUCUCCCGGCCACCGAGACUGGCCAAGGACGUGCACAGUCUGGACAACCUGAUGGAUCCACUGGUCAAGUCCGUGACGGAAAACGGUGGUGGCGGCGCGUACAUCACGUCAGCACUCACGUGCCCAGUUCCACCGGAACGGCCGCCCGGCAUGGACGGCAUAAUCGCGUGCAACAGCUACAAGAAUCGGUUAGGCACGUGGAAUCGGAAGGAGAGUGAAUUGGUCAUCGGUAGCCACAUCGGCAACAGUUACGCCGACGAGACCAGAGGUCUGCUGGGCUGACCCGCGCCGCACGUGUUUAAUAAUCAUUGCAUUGUUACAAUAUUGCAAUAUAUUUUACUAUCACUACUACCAUACGUCGUGUUAGAUGUAUUCGUAUAAUAUUUUGUUUCUCUUUUUAAACGUAUUUUUUUUCGAGUUUUUGAAAUAUUGAAUAAUUGAUAGUCGUGUAAGCAGUUAUAUUAAGGCCAUUUUCACCCCCCCUUCUCGUUGUCUUCUUUUACUCUUUUUAUAGAACUUUACCAACACAUAUCCACAACAGAUUAACAUCGAUUUUCGGGAUGACCACUAAAACCAUUAUUUAAGUAUAGUCACCGUCAUCAAUACUGUUAUUGUUGUGCCAUUGUUAUUUAUAAUAUUAUAAUUACUAUUGUUUCGUUUUUAUUUUUAAUUUUUUUUUUAGUCCAGUCAUCGAUU